UCUGGGAAACAGGCCUCCCUCUGGAAUUCAGAGUCUGAGCUGCUGUGUAAGUCACUGGCUCCUGGGAUCUAUCGGACGAGAGUGAAAACUACCAAGGGGCAUCCAGGAGUGCCACACUCCAGAUAGACAGAUUCUGCCGCGCACCAUGUGGUUGGCCCUGCUGCUAUCCUUGUUGCCCACCGCGCGGCAUCUGAGCCUGGCGGGGCCUCACCUUCAGAGGGCCCCCAUUUUCCGGCUCACUCAGCAGGGCCCCUCUGGAAGCGGGGCCAGUAACACCACGGACUCGCCCUGCGAGGGGCUCUUCCCCACCGGGGCCACGACCUUGACCCUGGCCAACCGCAGCCUGGCACGCCUGCCGAGCUGCCUGCCCCGCACACUGCGCAGCCUGGACGGCAGCCACAAUCUGCUGAGCGCCCUGAGCGCGUCGGAGCUCAGCCACCUGCCGCAGCUGCAGGUGCUGACGCUGCACCACAACCGCAUCAGCACGCUGCUCUGGGACCCCGGCUGGCCCGCGGGCCUGCACACGCUGGACCUCAGCUACAACAAGCUGGCCGCCCUGCCACAGUGCGCCGGGCCCACUCUGAGCAGCCUUCGCACGCUCGAGCUCACCGGGAACCCCCUGCGGUCCCUGCUGCCCCGGGCCUUCGCCUGCUUCCCCGAGUUGCGUCUGCUCAACCUCUCCCGCACCGCGCUGGGCAGCGGCGCCCAGGUAGACAUCGCGGACACCGCCUUCUCGCACCUAGCCACCCUCGAGGUCCUGGACCUCAGCGGCACGCUCCUCAAGCAGGUUCCGUCAGGGUGGAUCAGAGACCUGCCCAAGCUCACGUCCCUUUACCUGAAGAACAUGCCCAGUCUGAGGAGCCUGGAGGGGGACCUUUUCAAGAUGACCCCUGACCUGAAACACCUGGAUUGUCAAGAUUCCCCAGCACUUACCUCUAUCCAGACACACAUUUUCCAAGACACUCCUCGCCUACAGCUCCUUCUGCUCCAGAACUGCAACUUGAGUUCCUUCCCUCCUUGGACCCUACAUUCCUCCCAGGUCCUAUCCAUCGACCUCUUUGGCAACCCCCUCACUUGCAGCUGUGAGUUGUCAUGGCUCCUUGUGAAUGCAAAGAAGAUAGUCCUAAGCAGGGCAGCUGACACUCUGUGCGCACCAGCUGCAGGAUCCUCGGGGGCCUUCUCAGCCCCUCUCCCGCUGUCCCAGCUGCCCAGUGUGUGCCACUGGGACCAAAGCACCACUCUCCUUGAUCCCAGCCCACCCUCCUCCGGCCGCUGCACCCAGACACCAUCCGCACAGGGUCCCUGCACCUCGCCCAGCACAGCCUCCUCCACUCACGCUGUGGGAGGCCGACAGAGUGUCACCACAGCCCCCUCCCACACUGCGGGUUCCACCUCGAGAGCUGCAUGGUUGCACAGCAGUAUCCGGGAGGGGGCCACGGCCUCCACUACCACCUCUACCUCAGGUCCCAGAAACUCCAGCCAUCCACCUAGGGCUGCAGGCACAGCUGGGACAGAGCACGGAGGACAGGCUGCCCUGCUUGUCCUUGAUCCUCGUAUCUCAGCUGCCUCCACCACACAGGCCAGCAAACAGCUGGGGCUCUUCCCUGCCUCCCGGAACCCACUGAACACACCCCAGCAAGACUGGGGGAAGACGCAGGCCCCGAAGGCUCCCCGCCCAAGCUCUUCCGAGGAUGAAAUUCCAGUCCUGCUUUUGGACGAUUCGAGUGAGAGUGAGGGUGAGAGUGAGGAAGUGCGAGCGCCUCUCCAGGACGUCGCCUGUGAUUACCACCCCUGUAAGCACCUCCAGACCCCGUGCGCAGACCUGCAGCGGCGCUUGAGGUGCCGGUGCCCCGGCCUCAGCGGGGAAGACACUAUCCCAGACCCUCCCAAGCUGCAGGGGGUGUCGGAGACCACCGACACAUCUGCGCUUGUCCGCUGGUGCGCCCCUAACUCGGUGGUGCGCGGCUACCAGAUCCGCUACUCUCCGGAGGGCUGGCGGGGCAACCAGUCGGUGGUCGGGAACAUCUACGCCACUGCCCGGCAGCACCCCUUGUACGGGCUCACCCCGGGCACCACGUACCGCGUGUGCGUGCAGGCAGCCAACAGCGCUGGGCUGAGCCAGCCGCAGGCCUCGGGCUGGAGGGAGCCGUGCGCCACCUUCACCACCAAACCCAGCUUCGUGCUCAUCUUCGCGGUCAUGUGUGCCGCCAGCGGCCUGCUCCUCCUGUGCACCCUGCUGCUGACCCUGUGUCUCUGCAGGCGGGGCCGGAGACCACACAGGCAAAGCUACAACACGCACCUGGUGGCCUACAAGAACCCAGCCUUUGACUACCCGCUGAAACUGCAGACCUUCCAUUAGCCCAGCUUCCCUGCCCCAGUCGAACUGGAUAAUCACGGCCCUCUGGGCUCUGACCGUCUCUAGCUCCGGAAAAGCCAAGCACUCCUGUGGCACACACGUUCCUUCCUUCUACUUCGGUGAGGCUGCUUCCAGAAACGUGGUGGCCCACGUCAAACCACUCGUGUUGGAACGGGGCAUUCUUGUUUUUUAAUAGCCAUCGGUGCUUCUCGGUGUACAGAACUGUGUGUGGAAGGUGGAAGACAUAAAACAAAUUCUCUAAUCCAGCCUCUUACAUUACAUUAGUGACACUCUCAAGCCCUUUUAGGAAGUUGGGGGCAUUAUACUAAGUGAAAUAAGUUCUGUCUGGUCAAGCUCCGGCAAGGCACCUGCUUUGCUAGUAAAGGAAUGGACCCCAGUGGGUUCUUAACCUCAGAACUGGGGGGCAAGGAAAAGCGCUCGUGGUUUCCUGGGGCCUUCUGGGUUUCUCAGUUGCUUUUCGGGAUAUGGCAAAGAUGUGCUUCUAGCUUUAUAGUUAAAACAGCAGUCUUUUUCACAUCCGUUACCCAUUUUUUAAUUGGCUUGUUUUUUGGUAUUGAACUUUUAUAAAUUCUUUAUAAAUUUUGGAUCUUAAUCUCUUAUCAGAUAUAUCAUUGGCAAGUAUGUUCUAUCCAGGAGGAUGGGUUUUUUUUUUUAAAUUUUGUUGGUUUCUUUUCCUGUGCAAAACGUUUUAGUUUGAUGUAGUCCAAAUUGCUUAUUUUUUUUUAUUUGUCUUGCCUGAGGCAAUAUAUCAGAAAAAAAUAUUGCUAUGAGAAAUGUCCAAGAUUUUACUGCCUAUGUUUUCUUCUAGGAUUCUUACGGUUUUGUGAGUUUACAUUUAAGUCUUUUAUCCGUUUUGUGUUUACUCCUGUGUGUGGCAUAAGAAGGUGGUCUAGUUUUUUUGUUGUUGUUGUUUUGCACAUAUCUGUCCAACUUUUCCAAUACCAUUUACUGAAUAGACUAUUUUUAUCCCAUUGUAUGUUCCUGUGUCCUUUACCAAAUAUUAAUCGACUGUAAAGGUAUGGCUUUAUUUUUGGACUUUCUAUGUUCCAUUGAGCUAUGUGUCUGUUUUUAUGCCAGUACCAUGCUGUUUUGAUUACUAUGGCCUUGUAGUAUAGUUUGAAUCAGCUAGCUUGAGUCCUCCGACUUUGUUCUUUCUCAAGAUUGCUUUGGGUAUUAGAAGUGUUUUGUGAUGUGUACCCCUAAGUUCACUGCAGUUUAUUUAUAAUAGCCAAGAUUUGGAAGCAGCCCAAGUGUCCAUCAGUAGAUGAGUAGAUUAAAAAAAUCUGUGGUACAUUUACAAAAUGGAAUAUUAUUCCACCAUAAAAAUGAAGAAAAUCUUAUCUUUUGCAACAGCUUGGAUGGACCUAGACAGCAUUAUGCUCAGUGAGAUAAGUUGGUCAGAGACAGACAAAUACCAUAUGAUCUCACUUAUAUGUAACAGCUAAUGAACACAAUAAUCUAACAAACAAAACAGAAACAGACUCACAGAUAGAGAGCAGACUGACAGCUGUCAGAGGGGAGGUAUUGGGAGGCUGGUAAAAAAGAUGAAUGGAUUAAGCAAAACCAAACGAACUCAUAGACACAGGCAACAGCACGGUGAUUACCAGAGGGGAAGAGAGUUGGGGGAGGCAGAAGAGGGUGAGGGGAUGAUAAAUGGUGGUAGGAGACCUGACUCGGGGGAACACAAUACAAUAUACAGUUGAUGUGUUACAGAUUUGUGCACCGGAAACCUAUACAAUUUUAUCAACUAAUGUCACGCCAAUACAUUCGAUUAAAAAAAAACGACAACACCAGUCUUCUGGGAACACUUGUAAAACCCAAGAAAGACUGUCCUUUCUAAAGUCAAUGUUUGCCCCGGCUGGUGUGGCUCAGUAGAUUCAGUGCUGGCCUGUGAACUGACAGGUUGCUGUCUGAUUCCCCAUCAGGGCACACGCCUGCGCUGUGGGCCAUGUCCGAGGGGCACAAUCACAUUCAUGUUUCUCUCCCUUUCUCCAUCCCUUCCCCUCUGUCCGAAAAUAAAUAAAAAUCUUAAAAAUAAAUAAAGUAAAUGCUUAUUGCAUGUUACCUAAGUGGACAAAGGAACUGUGAACUUUUUUUUUUUUAAGGAAACAUAAUGUGCUCAUUUUCGGAAAGAUUUUUUAGAGAGAAGAAAUGAGCAGAAGAACCUCAGGCUCUAGCUUGAAGUCAAAACAUUUCUCUGCAUUAAACAACACCUUCAUGAUUUGUGUGUGUGUGGGACAUGCCUAUACUUCACCUUCCUCGUUUUUAUACAAUCCUAGAGGAAAGUGAUCUCCUAAAAUUAUAAUAGGGGUCAUAUUUCUAGAUUU